AUGACUCUAGUCCAGACCGCCUCUAACAAAGCCAGCGCACUCAAUUCUUGCCAAUUCACUCUCCCCACAAGAAGAGGCGAAUACCUCAUCCAAGUCUCAUGGCCUUUAUGCUGGAGCAGCGAACGUGCACCACCAAAAGAUGACACUUCAACCGUCUCCACUGUAUACAUAGUUGAUGGAAACGCCUACUUCUUCACAGCAACAGAUAUUGCUCGCCGAUUGGAGCUGACUCACCACACUCGUGUUGUCCUUGUCGCAGUCGGGUAUCCCAACAAAACCUCUGUUUUCGACAAGCGUCGCAAUGGAGAUCUCACACCCGAGGCUCCAGAUGGCAUCUACAGUGUACCGCCAGGUCCCGAUGGGAACCCUUCUCUAGGUCCUUUCGGCGGCGCAUCCGACUUUUUGGAUAUAAUCCAAACACAACUCCGACCAUAUAUCGAAAAUACUCUCUUCCCAAAUGUUCCUCUCAGUUCUGGACCCAAUGCUCUAUUCGGCCACUCCUAUGGGGGCCUGUUCACUCUCAACGCUCUGUUCACGCAACCAGAUUACUUCGAUACCUUCAUUGCAGCAAGCCCAUCUAUCUGGUUCAACAACAAAAGCAUCGUGCAAAACCAAGAACGAGACUUUCACGCACGCGAACCUCCUAAAGGUCGAGCUCCACGACUCUUGGUCAUGUUUGGCGGUGCUGAACAGACGCUGAUAAAGCUGCCUGGUGAAUCAGAAGAAAAAUUUGACAAGAAGCAAAAGGGAGCGUGGGAGAGAAAGAUGAAAGACAAUGCGCUAGAUCUGGUAGAUAGGAUGAGAGCGUCCAAGAAUCUAAGGGAUGUCUGGACAUGGGAGUUUGAGGCGGAGGACCAUGGUGGUGCAGCGCCUUGUGCUCUGCAGAGAGGACUAUUCAGGUUUCUCUUGGAUCAACGUGCAGAGCAAUAG